GCAGCAUAAGAUCAGGCCGGGAAAAUUUUAAUUUGUUGUUUCUUAAAUUAAUUCAUUUUAAACAUCAUGAACGCACAACCAUGGACUGCGGCCUAUGCAGCCAAUGAAGCAAUAUGGCUAGCCAGCGAUGCCAGCGCUGGCGACAAACAAAAUGUAUGGCGCGCACAAAAAUUGUUACUGGCACACGCUACAUGCAACUCAAAUGAAGCCAACCAUUUUGAUGUGCUUAAACAGCAUCAAGAUAAACGCGAAAGUGCCAGUUGCACGGAGGCGUACAUGCAAGAAUGUUUAACUGGCUGUCAAGAGCUGUUGGCCCAGAGUCGUCGUCGACAUGCCCCUACUGGAAUGCCCAUGGAAUGGUCCGUACCCCUUGGAAAUGCGUUCGAGCGUCAAUGUCGGGGCAAAUAUGAAAGCUGCAUACGUGAUGAAAUCACAACAAACGAAAUACAACGGCCCAUGGGUAACAACAACAGGAUACCACUCAGCACGCCAGUGUCCACAGCAGCAGCAGCAGCGUCGCCAGCUUUUGAUGGAUUUCGGACGGCACGUGAACAAUUAAUGCUGCAUGAUAUGAAGAAGAGCAAACAAAAUGUUGCUGCUGGAACUGGAUUAGGCAGUGGUGCAGGUGGCGCACCCAGUGAUAUCAUGAACUACAGAAAAAAGUCGCUGGGUGGACGGGGACGAAGUGUAAGUGCCAAAUUUGUGCAGCCGAUUGGACAAAAUGAAGGUAAUGUUGCUGCUGUACCUGUGAAGCAGGAUGCCCCGGCUACGCCUGCCGUGGCAGUGCCACCCUCUUUGGCACAUUUGGAUCCCCUAAUGGUUGAACAGAUUAUGAGAGAGAGCAUGCAUAAAUACAAGCCAAUAGCUUGGGAGGAUAUAGCCGGUCUGGAGUAUGCAAAAUCAACAUUUAUGGAAACCAUUAUACAUCCCCUACAGCGUCCAGAUUUGUUCAAGGGCGUGCGCCGUCCACCACGCGGUGUUUUGUUGUUUGGCCCACCUGGCACUGGAAAAACUCUAAUAGCCAAGUGCAUUGCCUCUCAGUCAAGGGCAACGUUCUUUAGCAUUAAUCCGUCCUCGCUAACCUCCAAGUGGGUGGGCGAAGGUGAAAAACUGGUCAAGACGCUAUUUGCUGUUGCCGCCGAGCAUCAACCAGCCAUUAUAUUUAUGGAUGAAGUGGAUUCAUUGCUGUCGCAGCGCUCGGAUAACGAGCAUGAAAGCUCAAGGCGAUUGAAAAACGAGUUUUUUAUACAAUUAGAUGGCGCUGCAACGAACGAAGAUGAUCACAUUGUUAUCAUCGGUGCUACUAACCGCCCCCAGGAGCUUGACGAAGCCGUCCGUCGGCGGUUUGUGCGACGUAUCUACGUUUCGCUACCUGCGGCGCCAGCACGUCAACAGAUAAUCGAGAAACUUAUACAACAAGUGCAUCAUAACCUUGAUAAAGCACAGGUUCAAGGGCUAGCUGAGUUAACUGAAGGGUAUUCGGGCGCAGAUAUGGAUAGCUUAUGCCGUUAUGCGGCCAUGCAGCCGCUGCGAGCUCUAAGUAGCUCAGAGAUAGACGCAAUUGACGCACAGCAGCUGCCUGCCGUAACCAUGUCGGACUUUAUGUGCGCACUGCAACAUGUCUCAAAAAGCGUCUCACCGGAUGAUGUAGAGCGUUACGUGGCGUGGAAUAAAAUUUAUGGAAUUAAGCAUUAAAUAAGAACAACAACGCAGAGUUUUUCUGACGCAUUUAUUGAAAUCCUUGUUGCGAUAUUUUCGCUUAUAUAUUGACAGGUAGAGUGAUACACUGCUUGUACUUAUAUUUCGCUAUCUUCACAUUUACUUAGAUUUAUCACGUGAAUUAAUGUCGAGGUUGUCAUAUAUAUAUAUAUACAGAUAUAUAUAAACAUAUUGUGGAAUGCUAUGACAUAGACCGUCAUUUACAGACAUAUUAAGAGCUACUUAAACAGGGUUUACAAACAUUUAUGUUAAUUAACAAUAUUGUGUUUUUUAGCUCACAGCACAUCAAACUUUGUAUUCGUAUACAGCAGAAUUGAAUAACAUUUAGAUUUCGACUAGGUUCUAGUGGGCUUUUGAUCAAGCUGCCUCGAGCAAUGCUUUAUAAAAGCAUAACAAAAGGUUGGAAUUAGUCUUUAAAAAUACAUUUAGAUUUAACUUAAAUAACAAUUGUACUAAUUAAAUUGCAUUUCAACAUUUACUCUUUAA